CUCACCUCUCUUCAUCCAUCCCCACGCCGAAAGGCAGCAGCGUCCGGCGGAGCUACUGCUCGCUCAAGCUGAAGCGCGACCAGUCCUCCCAGGAAGAAGCCAUCUACCAUGGCCUGCUCCUUCUUCUUCGACGCCGAGCCGGUCGGCGAGCACGGCAUGCCCGCACUGGACGCGUGCGUGCUGUGCGCCAAGCCGCUCGCGCGCGACAGUGACGUCUUCAUGUACAGAGGGGACACCCCUUUCUGCAGCGAGGACUGCCGCCACGAGCAGAUGCGGCUCGACGCCGUCUGCGAGAGGCAUUCUCCCCGGAGGCUUCAGCUGUACUCGUCCGGGACGACGGAGUCCCAACGCCGCCAGCGAGCGCCCAGGAAGGUGUCGAUCGCGAGCUAGCCGGCUGGCCGGAGCACGUGGUCGAACCGACGAGAUCUGUAUUCUGAAGAACCCACGAUUUGGUGAGGCAUCUGAUGCCUCUGGCGCUCUUGCGUCAGCGUAAGCCGGCGAUGCAACUCGGCGCUUCCUACCCAGGGGCGGCAAGGCCGGAGGCACGAGGCAUAGUUGCCCGUAGGAGAUUUGUUGAUGGCGAGCUAUUUAAGCUGCCCACCAAUUGUUUUGAGUGGAAACAAAAUAGAAGAGGGCCGUAGGUCUGAAGAAAUCUAUCCAACAUGAUUCAGUGUGAUUUAACUUCAGUUUGGCCAGUCUCUACUCGUGCGCCCUUUCUUAUUUCUGUUUUAGUUAGUCGCCCUCUCUUAUUUUGUUUCCCUUGUAAGUUGUUGAGAGACUAAAUCCACACACUACCAAUGACCACUCUUUGUCAAAGAGAAUAUCGUCUCUCACGA